AUGUCAACUUUCGAAGGAAAAGUGAUCGCUAUCACUGGUGCGGCAUCUGGCAUGGGCCUAGCCACAGCGAAGCUCGUUGCUUCUCAGGGCGGUUUAGUGUCGCUGGCGGACAUCAAUGAAGGAGCACUUCGAAAAGCUGUUGAGACCCUGGAUCACCCUGAAAGACAUCUUGUUUUCGUUGUUGAUGUGUGCUCGAGUGAUUCAGUGGACCAAUGGAUCGAAACAACCGUACAAAAGUUUGGAAAGCUGGACGGCGCAGUGAACAUGGCUGGCGUCAUCUCUCCGGCUAAGCCAAUCACCGAACUGACAAAUGAGGCCUGGGAUUUCAACUUCUCUGUCAAUGCUCGUGGCGUUUUCUACUGUCUCAGAGCACAGCUGAGGGCAAUGACUGCGGGUGGAAGUAUUGUCUCUGCGGCAAGCGUAUUUGGGCAGUUCGGAGCGCCUGGAAACUCGCCCUACUGCGCAAGUAAAGCCGCAGUGAUUGGUCUGACCCGUACAGCCGCCAAAGAAAACCAGCACAUUCGAGUGAAUUGCGUUUCUCCUGGGUCUGUGAACACACCAAUGUCUGCCGGCGAAGAUCCAGAACACGUGAAGCGCGGCUUACAACACACGGCACAAAAGCGGAGGGCAGAGCCAAUCGAAGUGGCCAAUGUUAUCGCCUUCCUACUAAGUGAACAGGCUUCCUUUGUUACCGGUGCUGUUUACAAUGUGGAUGGAGGGUGGGUAUGCUAA